AUGGUAGUUCCAAUCAUCAUAGGCGUGGGGGCCACGAUGGUGGCCUUGACCGUCAAGUCAGCCCUAGGUGCAUACCGUCAGUACAUCCACCUCACUCCCCAGAUGAUAGCCACCCUCAACAACAUCACCCUCUCCGACCCCAACGACCCCACAGAGUUCGAGCGCCACCGCCAUCUCAUCAAAGACCCUUCGUUUCGACACCACAAGCUCUUGAAGCUGCGAUAUCCCAACCGAGGGUUUGCAGACCCCAUGACAGAGCAGGAGGCGUUGUUGGUGCUCGGCAUCGAGGGUGAUGAUAUAGUCAACUUCAACAAGAACCUCUUACGUAAGCGGUACCGUCAACUCAUGGUGUUGAACCAUCCCGACAAGAAGGGUAGCCAGUAUCUCUCGCAGCGGAUCAACCAGGCCAAGGAUGUGCUUGAGAAGAGUUACAUGUUCCGCAACGACAAGUCAUAG